AUGAUGCAACCCAUCUCGGCCCUCGUCAGGCGCGCCCGGCCUGCUUCGUCAUUCUCCGCCAUCAGACGUUGCCUACACACCUCGUCAUCUUGGUCAGCCAAGCCAAUUCCUCACCCUGCAGCUCCCGGCCCUCCCCCCGGCCCGCCAAAGCCUGCCGCGACGACCCCGGAAGAACGCAUAGCGCGUAAGCAACGCCAGGCGGAGCUUCUCAAGAAGGGGCAGAGCAUCAAGCCCAAUCCAGCCAAGCCUGCGAGUGCUCUGCAAAAGCGCUUCUGGAAGGAUGUCCACGUGAAGCAAACGCCCGAGGGCUUUCAAGUCCUUCUCGACUCUCGGCCGGUUCGCACUGCAUCCAAGGGUGCCCUCACCUUGCCGCCAAACAAGCACCAGCUCGCCACUGCCAUUGCGCUGGAGUGGGACUUGCUGGUUAGCGCCCAGCAGGCGCUCAAGCAGCACUACAUUCCUCUGACCUCCCUGACUUCGCGCGCCAUUGAUAUACAAACCGCCGACGCUGCGGGCGACAGCAGCAUUCGGGACAGCAUCGUGAAAAUAAUGAUGAACUACCUGAGUACCGACACGCUGCUUUGCUGGGCACCGGAGCGGAGUAUGCACGAUGCAGUGGGUCUGGAACAAUCUGAGGAUAGGGUCGAGUCGUUACGUGAGGUGCAGAAACGGACCGCGGAGCCCAUUCUCAAGUUCCUCACCACGAAGAUAUGGCCGGGAGUGGAAAUCCUGCCGACCUUGGAGCCCGACAGCAUUCUACCUACGCCUCAGCCGCAAAAGACGAGGGACGUUAUAAGGGGAUGGCUGGCGGCAUUGCCGGCAUGGGAGCUAGCGGGCCUUGAGCGCGGCGUACUGGCAAGCAAGAGCUUGCUUGUUGGCGCGCGGCUGUUAGUCGAGUGGAGCCCGGAGUUUUCACACUUGCGCGAGAAUGAGCAGAGCGGGGGGCGCUUUGGCAUACAAGAAGCGGCGGACGCGUCAACGCUGGAGGUUACAUGGCAGACGGCCAUGUGGGGAGAGGUGGAAGACACGCACGACGUGGACAAGGAGGAUGUCAGGCGGCAGCUUGGUAGCGUCAUCGUUCUGGUCAAUGGUUGA